AUGGGGAGACCAUUUGGUGUCUCAGAAGCAGUGGGACAAGGCUAUAGAGCAUUUCAUAGAAGCAGGGCUAUAGAUGCAGCUAUUCAGUCUAAACAGUGGAAGAAGGCUGUACAGAUUGUUGAGACGCAGGAAGAUUCAGUUGCAGUUAGAUAUUUUCGGCAAAUUGGACAACAUUUUGCAUUAAACAAGAAGUACCAGAUGUGGGAUAAGUUUGAUGCAGAAAAAUAUUUUGUGAAAGCAGGCACACCGAAAGAUGCAGUGGACAUGUACAUUGCAAUUAAUAUGUGGGAACAAGCACACAAGCUUGCUGUUACUUGCAUGAAAGCAGAAGAUGUUGCCACAUUGUACAUCUCACAAGCACAACACAUGGAAUCAGAAGGCAAAUACAGAGAGGCUGAAAGGCUUUAUGUCAUUGUCAAUGAGCCUGAUUUGGCAAUAACUAUGUACAAGAAAAUUAAGCAGCAUGACAAUAUGAUCAGACUCGUAGGCAUACAUCACAACGAACUUCUGGCAGACACACAUCUUCACCUGGCAAAGGCUGAGUCUGAGUUUAUUAAAGCAAACAAACCUAAAGAAGCUGUUUUGAUGUAUGUUCAUAGUCAAGACUGGAGCAGUGCACAAAGAGUGGCUGAAGAGUACGAUCCUUCCAGUGUGGCAGAUGUGCUUGUUGGACAGGCUAGAGUGGCAUUUGAACAAAAGGAUUACCAAGCAGCCGAGUCUUUUCUACUACGAGCUCACAGACCAGAACUAGCAGUGAAAUUUUAUAAGGAAGCUACUAUGUGGACGGAUGCUAUUAGAGUAGCAAGAGAAUACGUUCCAAACAAGUUGCUAUUUGUGUUAACAACUAAUCAAUUAAUGUUUCUCUUGCUACGUGAAGGCUUUGUGUACUCGAAGGGAAUCAAAAGCAAGGAUGACUUACUAUCACCAGCCAAGACAUGGGAACAGAGUGGUGAUUAUCAUCAAGCAAUUGAUGCCUAUCUGAAGAUUACCGUACAGCAAGAUUCAGACUAUGACUUUUUAGUCAACUGCUGGGAAAAGGCUGUGGAACUUGCUAUGAAAUUUGUUCCUGAGCGCACAAAUGUUGUGGUUGGGACAGUUUGUGAGAGGCUGGUGGCUAUAGAACAUUUUGAACAGGCUGCUGACUUGUACCUUGGAGUGGAAAUGGUGAAAGAAGCAUUGGAUUUUCUUAUACAAGGUGGUCUGUGGGAUCAAGCAAAGCGUACUGCUGCUCAGAUGGCACCACAAUAUGCAGAGUAUGUGUCAAAGAAGUACAAGGAAUAUCUCUCUAACAAAGGAGGAGUUGAUGCUGCAGCAACGCAUGUGAUUUUUACACUUAUUGCUUUGCUGUUGGUUGGUGAGGAUGCUAUUGCAGGUCUGGACAUCCUGGCUCAUCAAGGUCAGUGGGAUCAGUGCAUCGCAAUGGCUCAAAAGCAGGGCUCUAGUGUACUGAACAAGUAUGUGGCUAUGUAUGCCACCCAUUGCAUCAAGUCCGAAAAACCAAUUGAAGCUCUUCAGUUGUUUUCAAAGUACGGUGCUCCUCCAUCUCCACAGAAUUUCAAUAUAUACAAGCGACUAGCUCUUGAUCUCUUUUGUCUGACAUCUGCACCUUACAAAGUGUGGGCUGAUUUCAGGGAUAUGCUGUUGACUCUGACCGAGUCUGUUGCUGAAACACCUUCUGCCGACACGGCUGUUGCUCAAGAACUUGAAGAGUAUCUUUUGAUUGCACAUUAUUAUGCUGUUCGGUCAGCAUGCCAUGGGAAAAAGUCAUUGGAGCAGAUUUCUGUGAAGCUGACUAUCUCUCUUCUUCGUCAUUCAGACGUUGUUCCUGUGGAUAAGGCAUUUUAUGAAGCAGGGAUAGCAGCAAAGACUGGCGGUCAAGAUAAUAUGGCAUUUGUAUUUCUCAAUCGUUUUCUUGAUCUGUGUGAUGCGAUUGAAGAGGGGAGCUUGGAUUCUAUGGAUAACAGUGAUCUUAUGGACACAGACAUACCAUUUGAAGUUCCUCUUCCUGAGAAACAUUUCAUAUCAGAGGACAAACGAGAAGAAAUUAAGGAAUGGGUGUUAGCAGUAUCCGUUGAUCAGCAGAUCGAACAGUCUCUGACAGUGGAUGAGAGGGACACGUAUGAGGCAGCACUUGUUGAUUCUCACACUAAAGUUCGAUCUCUUUCUUGCGUUAUAUCUGGCUAUCCUGUACUUCGUAGCAAGAUUGAGUUUAGAAGACGUGAACGAGCUGCUUCAAAAGAGGAUUGGAAUAAGUUUGUCAUGUCUUCCAAGGCACCGAAUAGCAGUGAAUGCCAAGAUGUGCUCAGAUUCUUAGGACGUUGGUGUGGAGCACCACAAAACCCAUCUUAUUCGUUUCAGUAAAAUAACUAUAUUUGUCUAAUUAAUGAUGUCAUUGUAAUCUACAUUUGCUGUAAGCACAUGCAUAGGACUUGCAUUAGGCUUGCAUGCGUGGUGUCAAUAAUUGAAGCUUUCGUUGGU